AUGGCGUUGGCAGUGCCGGUGUGGUGGGAAGGUCAUGAGAUUUGCUGUUCUCAUACAUGGCGUUGGCAGUGCCGGUGUAUGGGAAGAGUAUGUAUAUUGCUUAGUAUCAUCACACAUGGCGUUGGCAGUGCCGGUGUGGGGAUGAUACUGUCUGCGCGCGUAGGACUUGAUAUGAGAUAUGAGAUUUGUGAGCUACACGUGGCGUUGGCAGUGCCGGCGUGUGAGCUAUGGAGUUUCGUCCCCCGGUUGGACUACUCAUCCCUGGACGCGGGUUCUGGUUCGAAAAUCCUGCGUACCAGCCAACAAUCCCCCGGUUGGAUUGUCUUCCCCGGAUGUCUUGGGUUUUUAGUAAGUGGGCCCGGCAUCGGUGUGAUGUCGGCAACAAUACGGGGUCCGCCCCGGUUUCGGGAGAAAUUCCGGGGCGGGUCCUGUCAGCAUAUCUCUCUUAGAAUCAAUCUUCAAUCACCAAAGCUGACAACCUUUACCAAUCGAGGAGCAGGAGCAGCUUCCUCCUCGGCGCCUUAUCGAAUGGCACCAUCUGAGUUAGCAGAACUCAUAAAACAGUUGAAUAAGUUUCUGGAUGUUGGACCGAUUCAACCUCCAAAAGCCUCAUACGGUGCUCCAAGCAGAGGGAACGUUGAGGAUGUCUACAUACUUCACAAAGUUGGACUUGCACUCGGUUAUUGGCAAGUGCGCAUUGUGGAGGGAGAUAAACCAAAAACUGCUUGUGUAACCACAUAUGGCUCAUAUGAAUUUCUUGUAAUGUCGUUUGGGUUAACCAAUUCCCCUGCUACUUUCUACAAUUUAAUGAAUGAUAUCCUUUAUGAGUAUUUGGACUCGUUUGUUAUGGUUUACUUGAAUGAUAUUGUGGUGUACAGUGACUCGUUGAAAAGCCACUUGAAACCUCUUAGAGUUGUUUUCUCACGGCUUAGGAAAUAUCAACUCUAUGUCAAAAAAGAGAAAUGUGAAUUAUGCUGCCAAUAUAUAAUGUUCUUGGGUCAUUUGGUGAGGAAAGGUAAGAUACACAUAGAUGGGAAGAAGGUUCAAGCCAUCCUUGACUGGCCUGCACCUACUAAAGUGCCCAACUUGAGAUGUUUCCUUGGAUUGGUUAAUGACAAACCAUGGUGUUGGACAGGAAAAUGUGUUGAAGCGUUCAAAGGGUUAAACCAAGUCAUGGCUAUGGAGCUGGAAGUACACCUUGUUGCCUUUGCACGGCGUAAGCUUAAGGAUUGUGAGCAACGGUACUCCACCCACAAGAAGGAGAUGGCUGCAGUUACCCAAAAGAAGCUGACCCCAAAGAAAGCACGUUGGCAAGAGUUCUUGUUGAAAUUUGAUUUUGAUUGGGUGCACAUACCUGGUAAGCUAAAUCAAUUGGCGGACGUGUUGAGUCAUAAAGAAGUUAAGGAAUUUGUGGCUACACUUACCCUAGUGCACUUAGAUUUCUUAGAUUGGAUUCGAGACCAAUCUAAUGAUUCAGCCUACAUCAAACUUCAACAACAAGUAAGGGAGGGACUUGUGAGAAGAUAUUGGUUGGAGGAAGAUCUACUCUAUGCCAAAGGAGGAAGAUCCGCAAUGGGUUGGACAUCCUGGAGUUGA